GAUUACUAUAUCCAAUUUUGUAUGGCAUGCACGGUUUUAGGUCGUCAAUUUGACUACCGAAACACGCCUUGCACGUCAUUAAAAUGUAUCCUUAGAUUUGUUGUCGAAUGAAGCUUUAAAGUAUUUUUUAUGUUUUAAUAGGAUCAUUCAACAUGAAGGUAAAUGUGUAGAUAAGCAUUGCAUUGUAUGCACUUUUUUCCCUAAGCAGGAAGGUACAUUGAAACAGUUUAAAAAUGAUGAUCCAUACAAUGACUAGAGGGAGAACUUCAUAGAGAAAUGGAGUGUACACAAACGAAAGCCCACAUGAAACAGCAAAAAAAAACACCGUUUCAUAAAUAAAUCCCAAAAAAGACAUAGAUCAUAGGGAGAAACCUCAUUGUACCCUCCCCCUAAAUUCAUGCGUACACACACUCCUCCCUCCCCCCGUUACUUAUUCACCAAUGACACAUCCAUCUAUUUCCCCUUUUAGGCCACGCUUUAAAUGCCGCAAGCAAACCCACCCUCGUCCCCGUUGUAUCUCAGAUCUCGUCCUCACCACAUCACACCGUACCCCUCUCAUUGCCGCCGCAGCCAGAUCUAGAGCAGCUGCAAAAGCGGCGAUUGUGGGCGCGACAUCGCCCCCGUCCAUGGUGAACUCGGCGGAGCCGCCGCCUGUGGCUUUCCCACCAGAUCUCACCAGGGAAGGUGGUGUUAGGGAGGCGGGUGGCGGGGCCGCGAAGGUAGAUCCAACGCCAUCGAGUGCCCACCGAGGGAGGCUGAUGUCGCUGCCAUCAAUGCUCAAGCCCUGGGGGAGCCAACGGCGGCUGCGGUGCGUUCCCGUCAACCGCCAUGGAGAAACCAUCGCCCCGGACACGGGAUCCUCCUCGAAUCAGCAAUAUGAGGUAAGCGAGAGGCUACAGCUUGGCCUUGGCAACGUGGCAGAGGCAUCGGGCACCGGCAACCCCGCUGUCGACAAGUACCCUGAAGUCACCGAGGCGGUUUCUCCACAGCCGUUGAAGGCACGCCGUGGCCGCCCGCGUCGCCUUGCUAUGCCAUCCUUCGCAGCCACGACUGUCGCGAGUGCGUCGCCGCAGGCAUUCGAGCGCGAGCGGCGGUCGGUCCGCACAGAUGCGCUCAAGAGGCCGCGAUUCUCCAUAUCACUCUCCAAGGAGGAGAUUGAGGAAGACAUCUACGGCCUCACCGGCGCACUCCCGCGUAGCCGCCCUCGCGGUCGGCCCCGCAAAGUGCAAAAGCAGAUCGAUCUGCUAUUUCCCGGCGCGCGGUUAUCGCAUAUCAACAUGGAGUCCUACCGGGUGCCGGACAAUCGCUGACCCUGUCAACUCAACAAGCGCCUCCACCCAACAGUAAGCAAGCAAAGUGAAUUCGCAGAUCACAGUUCACAUUCAAUUCGGUGCUGCCAUUGUUAGCUACAUAAUCCAUCGAUUAAUUGUUCAGAUAGAGUCAGAGUUGGUAUGUAUGGAUCCCACCAGGAAACUAGUUGUAAGCAGCAAGUGAUGACUUGUUAGUGAUUUCUAAUUUUGAGUUGUACUCCGUGAUAUUCAUUUCCGUAAUAGCACUAGUGGUGGUUCGUUACUUUGGUAUCAUCAGCAAUUGAAAGGACGUAAUGUGGUGUACCAGUAAUUGCAUUGCUCUUGAUGCUCGAGUUAGUAUGUUCGUUGAUGCUA